AUAUCAAAUGGAUCUCCAAAAACCGCCCAACUUCAUGCUGGAUUGUGGAAUGGCUCCGCAUAUGAUGCCGCCGAUUAACUGGGCUGCGGCCGCAAUUGCAGUAGCCUCAUCGACUUCUGGAGCCACAAAUGCCACAUCGUCUAACUCGGUUGCCACGUCACAACAAUUACAACAUCAUCCAUAUGGGACAGCAGCUGGAGGCUAUAAGCAUGCACAACAAGCGAUUCCCAAAUCAGUGACCCCGUAUUCGGAUGCAACAAAUUGCAAAAAGUCAUCAAAUCACAUCAAGCGACCAAUGAACGCUUUUAUGGUUUGGUCUCAAAUGGAACGGAGAAAGAUUUGUGAGCAUCAGCCAGAUAUGCAUAAUGCAGAAAUCAGUAAGCAAUUGGGAAGUCGUUGGAGAAGUUUGACUGAUGAGGAAAAAGCUCCAUUUGUUGCUGAAGCUGAGAGACUCAGAGUUUGUCAUAUGCAGGAAUAUCCAGACUACAAAUACAAGCCACGCAAGAAGCCAAAGAAGAAUCCAGAUGGAACACUUCAGCAGCCAGCUCAACCCCAAGCUCCACAACAGCAACAGGCCCCACCACGUGGAGCAUCACCACAGGCUCGUCAACGAAAACGUCCAAACACAGAUCAACAGUCAGAAACACAACAAUUCCAAAACUUUAAAUCAGUGAAAGUGGAGCAAGAUUGGAUGGGAAAUGCUCAUAUGAGUCAUGCACAAAAGAUGCCAUUUCAUCCAUCGUAUCCAUCACCUUCCGAGUUUGGACAUGCUCCGUUGACACCUGAAUCUGGAUUUUAUGAUGACUAUUUUACACAGCAACAUCAUCAACAGCAUUUUGCAUCACAACAUCAUAAUUCGGCAGGAAGUCCCCUCAGAAUGACGAAUCUUGGUAUGGACAUGGGAAUGCCACCACAAAUGAUGGGGCAUAAUUCGGGAUUUGGAGCUGGUAAUCAUCCUUUCUACUUGCACACUUCACCACCAUCAGUUGAUCAGGACGACAUGCGUAGUCUAUCGUCUGGAUCUUCGGGAUACGCCGACUGUAGUGCUUCUGAACAAUCAACGUCAUCACCAAACUCGGCGGGAGUCGUCACAAUGGCUACGGCCGCUACGACUACAACACAUUUGGAUGACCUGGAGCAGAUUUGUCCAACUGUAACCACAGGCGAGCUGGUCAAUUAUCCAUGGAGCGAUGCAUUGGGAAUUGAUAUUAAUUUUUCUUGAAUAUUUCAGACAAGUUUUUUUUUGAAAACUUCUGAAAGUUCGGGUAGUAAGUAGAUCGCUACGUCCAAAUGUUUUUUUUCACUGUUUCUUCUGAAAGCCCAACAUUUUCUGCUCCUACCUCAAUUCUAGCCUCUCCCCUGAAACAAUUCUCUCUUUAUCUCUCUCCAACAAUUUUCGAGUGUCCCUUUAGUCCGGUCUUAGUACCUUUUAAUCCCCAGCAUUUUCUAGUUAUUUACCACCUUUUUCUGUAUUUUUCUCUUUGUUUUCCAGUAUUUCCUCAACAAAUCCAAGCGAUUGUAUUCUUUCAUUUCUUGAAACCCUAAGAGUAUUUCUACAAAUCCAAAAAGUAAUUCACUAAUUUCAAAUUGAAAGUAUUCUUCUACAAAAGUAUCGUCCCCAUUUCUUUACCCAUUUUUAUCCUCUCCCAGCUUUACCGAGCCAGUUUUCAUUCGUUCUUUCAACUUUCAUCGAUUACCCAAUUCGCCGUUGUACUUGAAAAAAAAAAUUUCUGAGAUUUCAAGCACGAAAUUAUGAUUGUAUAUGUUGAACACUUCCCCCCAUCCCCUGCCCUCUACAAUAUGCCAAAUGUAGCUACCCUUUUUCCCAAACCUGAAGAAAUAUUUAUUCUCUUGUUCAUCUCUAAAUAUCUCUUAUCCUUUUUCACUCAUCUUUCCAAAUUUUCAGUAUUGAAUGAAUUUCUUCCUCUUGAUUUCAUUUAUUAUUGAUUGAUUUAUGUUUGUCUCCUUUUUCUGAGCAAUAAAAAUCAUUUAAAAAAUUAA